UGCUCCACAGGUCUGGUCCCUCAGCUUAUAGGCGUAGCACCUGAGAAGGCUAUCAAACUCACCGUGAACGACCUUGUCAGAGACAAGUUCACCGGCAAUGACAACUCUAUUCCUCUUCUUGCUGAGAUUAUAUCUGGAGCUUGUGCUGGAGGCUCUCAGGUGAUCUUCACCAACCCUCUGGAGAUUGUGAAGAUUCGUCUGCAGGUGGCAGGCGAGAUCACCACUGGACCCCGAGUCAGCGCUCUCAACGUGAUCCGUGACCUGGGCUUCUUCGGCCUCUACAAGGGUGCUAAAGCAUGUUUCAUGAGAGACAUCCCCUUCUCUGCGAUCUACUUCCCUGCGUACGCCCACCUCAAGACUCAGUUUGCUGAUGAGCAAGGCAGGCUGGGCGCUCUGCAGCUUCUCACUGCCGGAGCCAUUGCAGGUAUCCCUGCAGCCUCCCUGGUGACGCCUGCCGAUGUCAUCAAGACUCGUCUGCAGGUGGCAGCGAGGGCAGGACAGACAACCUACACGGGGGUCAUCGACUGCUUCAGGAAGAUUAUGCAAGAGGAGGGCUUCAGGGCUUUGUGGAAGGGAGCUGGAGCUCGUAUGUGCCGGUCCUCUCCUCAAUUCGGCGUGACUCUGGUGACCUAUGAGCUCCUGCAGCAGUGGUUCUACGUCGACUUUGGAGGACAUCGUCCCGCGGGAUCUCAGCCCAAGUCUCGCAUCUCAGAGCUUCCUCCCAUCAAUGCCGACCACGUGGGGGGCUACCGCCUGGCCGCUGCUACCUUUGCAGGGGUGGAGAACAAAUUUGGCCUCCACCUUCCCAAGUUCAAGUCCUCCGGGGUGGUGUCCAUCCACCACCCAGAGCCUGUCGCUGCCACGCCAGCCUCGGACCCAUAGAGGUCUGAACCUCCACGUCAUUCUGCCAUCCCCCCUCCUCCUCCUCCAGGAGCCAGACACUCGCAUAGAUACAUACACACACACACACACACAGUUUAGACACACUGCACACGUAGGGGCAUUUGAUUUAGGAACAAAACAACAGCAGGGUGAAGGUGCGCUCGACUGGCUGCUGCUGUGGAGUGCUGACUGUGUUGUGUCUUCAGUGGCUGCUCGCUCCUGGCCUCUCCAUCUUUUGUGUUCUCCUCUCCAGCUUUCAUAUGAAACUGCACUCCUCUCUUUCUCAUGAGUACCUGAUUUGAUUUAUAUUCAGUUUCUGUCUGAUACUCAGUGCGACUCUCUUAUUGGACAGCGGGCAUAGCAAAUAUUAAAUUGGCCGGCAUGGUGUGCGGGGCUUCCCUCUCGAUUGGUCCUCCCAAAUGAGGUGACAUACUGUACAUAUUGUAUAACUGUCCUGAGACAAUGUAAUGACGGGAAGGAAGAAAGUUACAAGCUCCGUGAGGUUCAGUUGGGAUCAUGAUUCAGUGACUGUAAUGUUAGGACGAUGUGGGGCCUUCCUGGUCUCUGAGAAUCACUCUUACUGAUGUACAGAACUUUUCAAUUAAGUGUUUUCUUGUUAAAACAAGAAUCAUGAGAAGAGAAUUAGAUAUUAAUAAAUUAAAUGUAUCGCAUUCAACCAUUGUAUUUUAUUGAAAUAAAUCAUCCAUAUGGUUUUAAUUUUAA